GGCUCGUUUGACUCAGCUAUAAAAGUACGGGGACGACUUCUUUCCGUUCAGUAAACUCUCGAUCUUGGUGUAUCAACCAAACGUGCAAGAAUAUAAAGAUCGGAAAAGAAAGGAAAGCAAAAUCCGCAAAGUGUGUUUAUUUGUGUAUGCGUAUAAAUUUACGAAAAGAGGUGCACGAUUAACCAAAAUGUGGCAACUUUGUCUAGUAUUAGCUAUCGCGUCGAGCAGAAGCGUGAUCGCAUUUCCACAGAACGAUGGGCUGGCUCCUGGCAAAGUCGAGAUUCAAACAAUACCCAGUACGUUCUCGGUGGACGGAUUCGUUUUCGACGGACCUGCAGACGGCAGAAAUGUCGCAACCGCGACAAGUACCACUAGUUCUGCAACACCUUCGAUGACCACGAGGGGUGCUUCCUCCAACUCUCAAUACGACCAGUGUAUAGCUACGUGUCUGACGACGAGCGAAUACAAUCCGGUAUGCGGCUCGGACGACGUUGAGUAUUCCAAUCCAGGACAAUUAACCUGCGCAUCGGCAUGUGGAAAAGAUGUUACGUUAAUACACUACGGAAAAUGCAAGACUACGAAGAUAAGAGGAUAGAUGACUUAAUGACUGAAUAUUACCGAUCAAAAAUAUUGAUACGCGAAUAUUACUCACAUAAGACUAGUUUACCGCAUAGUUAUGUAAUUGUCUAUUCAUCGUUGUUCCUUCUUUAAUACAAGUUUUGGUUGAAAAUAA